GUGUCACUGUUUUUUAUGAAGUUUUGUUAAAAACAAAAUUUCCUUCCCAAUGUGAAUGCAAAAACUGAUCUAUUUAACUACGACGAUGGACGAGAUGCGAGGUCUUCGCGGAAUGACUGGAAUGAAAUCCUGACUAAGCCCCCUUUUUUGGUGCUUAGCUGAAAUAAUAAGUAAGCGAGGUGCUCGGUUGUUUGUCAGAAGAGCUGUUUUUUUUAACAGUUCCUUCCGAGUAUUUCACCGCAGACUCUUGGUUUUUUUAAAGUUCACGUGUCAUGCUCGUCCGUGCAUGAAAACACACCGAGCUCGGUUGACGUAAUCUCCAUCGCCUGUGUCGCGAACCACGUUUCCUAUUCAACUCAACUCCUUCUCCAGAGACAAGUUAUCAGAAAUAUCCCGAAACAUAUGUCCACAGGAAUCGAACUAAAAGACUUGCAUAAUAAGCCAUUUUUUGACAUCGAGGAGAACACGAAGUUCCAUCGGCCAGCAAAAGCAUACGUGUACUUAGCUGUGGAGCUUGUUAUUGGAACUCAGAUACUUUACUCAUACGACCAUGUGGCCCUGAAAUUUCCGCUUUUGGCACCUGCUAUCUUGGGAUCCACUUCUGCUGCACUAGCACAGUCAUUGAUUCAGUUCUUCCGACAAAAAAUUUCGACAAAUAGGCUUUUAAAGUUUAUAGCCUGGGGUUGUAUUAACGGAUGCUUCACAGCACUUUGGAUCGACGUGUUGGUGAGUCGCGUGGAAAAUGUUGCCCUUCAAAUAAUUAUAGACCAAACAGUCGGAGCUCCAUUAUUCCAGCUAAUGUUCACUGUUCUCUCCAGUAUAUGGGAGAACGAUAGCAUCUUUGGUCUGAGUUCCCAGUCUACAUUUAUGAAAUCAUUGCGAUACAGCUACUGUUACUGGCCUUUUAUAUCGACAUCAAUGUUUAUUCUUGUACCACCGCAAUUGAUGUUUUUCCUUAAUUGCCUUGCGAGUUUCGUGUGGAAUCUCAUUCUCAGCAGAUUGAAUUAGCUUGUUACAUAACACGAUAACGCAAACCACGUAAUCCUACUGAAUAUACAUGUAAUUCAAUAAUAAUUGAGCCUGCAAAUAUAUGGGUUCAU